AUGAGUUCCGGGAUAGGCAGGACAGUGCUCACAAAGACCGCACCCACAGCAAGCUGCGAGAGGAUUCUGAAUCACAUUCGGGAAAACCGGGUCACGCAUAUUCAAGGAGAGACGGGCUGUGGCAAGUCCACCCGCCUCCCGCAGUUCAUACUUGAGGAUGCCCGAGAGCGAGGAGAGGAGAUUCGUAUGGUAGUGACACAGCCAAGGCGGAUGGCCGCUGUGACGCUGGCCAAGCGCGUCGCCUCAGUUCUCGGUGAGGAGAUCGGUCAGGGAACGGUUGGCUACAGGAUAAGUGGCGACAGCAUCAACGGCAAGCUGUGCUUUGUCACCGUCGGAUACUUCCUUCAGAGAUUAGUGAACAACCCCGAGGACUAUCAACGCUACACCCAUGUCGUCCUAGACGAGGUUCACGAGCGCGGGGUGGAUGCCGACCUGCUUUCAUUGAUCAUCAAACUGUUAAUGCAUUGCUGCCCCGCGGUGAAACUCAUCGUGAUGUCAGCGACCCUUCAAGCAACUCUUUUUGCGGACUAUUUCUCUUCGCUGCACCCUGGUAGAAGGUCUCCAGAGGUGCUGGCGGUGGGUGCUCGAUGUCACCCAGUCGAGCAACUCUUCCUGGAUGAUUUGAACCGUCAUUUCGAUUUCAGCGAGCCCAAAGACCGUCGCAGUUUGGAAAACGCUCUUCAGGCGUUUGCAGGCCUGUCGAAAGGCAGAGGCAAGGGUAAAGGCAAGAAGGAUGGAACUGGAGGUGAUGAAGCUGGCUUCAAGCGAGUGGAGCCGCAGAUCUCUGAGGGACUCCUGGAGGUUACUUGUGCCCUCGUACAGCAACUGGCAAAACCUGGUUGCACGAUCAUCGUGUUUCUACCGGGCAUCGCAGACAUCACGCAGCUCUUCGAGGUUGUGCUCUUUAUCGAUGGUGACCAAGUUGGCCCUGCAGCAUUCACGCCAAUCAUGAACGCAUUUACUGUUUCCUCUGCGCGUAUCUACAUUGACGAGACUCGUGCUGAAGCCUGGAAGGCAGCAUUGGCACAACAUGGGAUUGACGUCGUGCGGGUCCCCCGUGCAGGUGGCUGCAAGGAUCCUGCAGACAUUAUGCUGGCAAUGGAUGCCACAGAAGCGGCCCUCUCUGGGGCCCUCCGGACUGGAGUUUCUGCCAUUGGGGUUGUCUCAGCAGACGUGGACUUCGCCAUCCUUCUGCAGAAAUUGCGUAGAUGGGGGAUUUGGACUGUUGCUGUCCAUCCCAAACUGAGGCAUUCAGGAAUGAGCGGGCAACUUGCAGUUUCGGCAGAUGAAGUGGUGCAUUAUUCCGAGAGCAAGAGUUUCAAGAAGCUGCAACGCAUCGUGAUUGACACGACACAGCUUGAAGGUGAAGUUGAGGUACAAGAGGAUGAUUCUGCGGAGACGCUUGACGACAUUCUGAUUUCAGAAGCCUGUCUCGAGGAGCUCAGGGCGGUGCUUGUGAAGUCUGGCUUCCUGACAUCUAGAGAAGAUGGACCGCUGGUUGAUGCGCUGGUGAAGUUCUUCCACACCAACAAUCUGGGAAAGCUUACAAUUUGGCCGCAGAAGCUUGCCAUACGAGAAGCUGCCAGCAAGAUCCUGACGCAGCCGCAACAAAACUGGAAAAAGAAUCCAGGGAAUCUUGCGCUUAUCCAGCCACUUGGUGGGGGCAGUUAUGGUGCGGAGCCCACUAACUUCGCACGACUGUUGCAGACAGGUGGCCCACUCCUUUGCCAGAUUGACGCCAACUUGGUAAAACGCGUGCUUCACCGUUUUGGCUACCUGGAUGGUAGCUUGGACAUGGCUGGUGACAACAUGGAGGAGGCCGUUGCGCUUUUCUGCAGGAUGAAUCGCAAGAAGAUGCGGAGCGUUGGGCAGCUGGGGCAGCGAAGUUGGCAGGAGCUGCAUGCUCUGUUGUCUGCACAAAGACUGCAGGCGUGGCACCUGCCAUUCAGCGACAGGCCGCUCCGACGGUACUUGCAAGCGGAAAAGCUCAUGCGCAAAACUACUUUCUCCUCGAGCCUGGCAAUGCGAGCUGUCAUGCAGAAGUUGAGUCUUGGCUUUUGGGCAGAGGUGGUGGUGACAAGAGCACAGUUGCAGGAGGUGUUCAACGAAGUGCCCAAAGAUUGCGGCCACAUCGUGCUUGCCAGCAACAUCGCAGAGAGUUCUCUGACACUGCCAAGCGUGUGUGCUGUGGUUGACCUGGCUCUGAGACGGACUGUUCAGUACGAUACGCGACGGCUGAUGUGUUGCUUGGUGACCACCUGGUGCUCCCAGAGCUCCUGUAAGCAGCGACGAGGCCGCGCAGGCCGCACGAUGCCCGGGCGGGCUCUGUGCCUUGUGCCCCGCCGCUUCUUUGAGUCCGAGCUGCCUGCUUUCGAUCCACCCGAGAUGCUCAACGCCCCGUUGACAAAGCUCUACCUGCAGGCAAAGCAGCUUUGCUCAACUCUGGCAAGAGUGUCUGGUCGGGUUCAACUACCGCCAGAGGUGAAAAUGGACAUCUCCUCCCCCAAGGCACUACUGAAUGAGGUUGUCCAACCUCCUUCGCUCAACUUGCUGGAUGCAGCGAUCCAAGAGCUGUCCGCGGUGGGCUGUCUUACAAUGCCUGCGGAGGACCACAGAGACCUGGAGUGGUGGGCGCAGCGUACUGUCCUGCUGAAUGCCUGCACCACGCUGGCCUUGGCCAUGGCGGCGGGCCUCACUGGCCCAGACCCCUUCAGCACGCCGUCGCUUCUGGUGCUGAAGGAUCAGCAAGAGUACGUGCAGAAGCUGGAAAGAUCCUUCGCCUCGCGGCGAUGGUGCGAUCAUGGGACUUUCUCCGAGCCUAUCAUGAUGCACUCACUCUUCAAGGAAUGGAUUCGCGCCGGUGCACCGCGAGGUGCCAAGGCACUUGGACCUUUCGUCCGUGACUGGUCUAUCAUACCCAAGAAGUUCGAAUCAUUGACUGCGGAUGCCACAGAGCUGACAGUCCGUUUCCUCAAGCUCUUGCAGACGGGAAGGGCUCGCAGCAACCUCGAGGAACUGCUUGGCGCCAUGCACCACAAGCUGGACAAGGGAGAUGAUCUGCUCCGCAUGAGCCGGACAAAUGGCUGGGGGAACCCAGAAAGAAUCUUCAGCGGUGAUGUGGACAAGCUUCGCUGCUUGGUGGCUUUGGCCUUCAGUGAUCAGAUGCUGCUGCACUUGAAUCCGCGCUGGGCGCCAUCGUCUGGUAGCAAGAAGCGCCUGGAAGAGCAGCUGCUGGACUUGAUGUACAAGCACCAAUGCGAUCCGCACAACACAGUUGGAAUUUUUAUCCCUGCCGGCCACGGCGAGGAAGGCAUCAACCAGCUGUGUGAGGCGAUGUGUGGGGAAGAGCCAGAGGCCGUGGUGGUCGACGAGAAGGCAAAACUGGCGCUUGUGGCGUUCGAGCACAGUGCUGAGAAGGAUGCCUUAGACCAUGAGCACGUGCUCCUGUGGGACGUGCCAUCGUCAAUCCACAGGUUGCACAUGUUUGGAUCAGGCCGAUACAGAUUCUUCGUGGAGCGGCCGGGCCUUGAGGAGCCACCAGUGGAGCUCUUCAAGCCGGUCCACCCUUUUAUGUUGCAGUGGGAGGUCUUAACACAUCCCGGCAGCACCAGCACGAAGAAGAAGCCGCCAACAGUGAAGGGCAUGUGUGACUGGCGCAAUCCAAUGGGCUUUGCUUGCCACGUGGACGACACGAAACCUGCUACUGAGUUCGUUGGGUGCUGUGCAUCCAUUCAAGGCGCGGGCCUGCGACAUCAGGGCUCACGAUUUGGGGUUCGUGCGGUGCGCAUUCUUCACCACGAGCUGGUCAACCUGCCGCAGAAAACCUUGGCACCAGCUGUCCUGGAGGCAGUAAAUGCGCUGCGACUUGGUCUUCGAGAGGCAUUGUACCCUGCAUCCUGGUGGAGUUGGGAUGGUUGGGGAGCGGAAGGUACAGAAACUUCCUCAAGGCGGCAUCGAGGUCACGGUCACAGAGAUGCGAGGGAUGGCGAUUUGCUGGAUUUGCCGGAACUCAGCUACCUUCUGAGACAGCUCAUGGAGGUGCUGCCUGAUAGCGCAGCAGUGCAAAGACCGAAGAAGAUGAAGUGGCGGCAAGCGGCGACGUUUUCGCAGGACUGGGACGAAGAGGACCAGUGCUUCCUCCGGGGACUGCAGCCACUCUCCCAGCGGGAGGACUUGCGGCCAGAUGCAGACAGCGGCAAGGACACGGCCUUUCAAGCGAUUGUGGACUUCUUGGCAAAGAACGGGGAGUCUGCCAUCAGCUCGCUGCCGAGCAAGAUCCGCAAAUCAAAGAAGCAACUGGAGAAAAGGCCUGACCUUUUUGAAAUCCGCGCGACCAAGAGGGAUUGCUUCGUCCGCCUGGCUGGCAUCCAAAAGUCAGGAAAUGCCAAGGCCCACAAAGGAGCUGGUGGGCGAGAGCAGCCAUUGGUUGACGCUAUUGUCAGGGUCCUGACCAAUCGCGGUGCUGUUGGUCUCGGGGAGCUUGGCUCGCAGGCAGCUCUAAAGAAACUUCUGCAGCGGCAGAAACCUGCGCUGCAGAAGAUUCGCCAAUUCCUUGCUGCCUUUCCCGCUUUGUUUGAAAUGGGACUUGAUGAUAGAGGACAAGUUGCCGUGACUUUGAGCGGCUGUGCGGACCAGCGAGGUCUGAUACAACAACAUCCAAAGACAGUGAAAGGUGGCAAUCGCUCCGCCACCUCAGGACCUUCGAAGUGGAAAGGUGCCAACCUUGCAUCGCUUUCUGGGCACAUAGCUUUGCUAUGUCGCGCGUCAUCAGCAACGGCAAGUGACUUUGAUGGGCGCGUCAAAGCUUUCCUGGUGGACGUCCUGGACAAGGAGGGCGACGAAGCUUUAGACGAUUGCUUCGAGAAUCUGCACGAAUGGCUGGGCAAGAAGGGGGAGCGAGGUGCAAUCACAAACUGGCCAGCUUACAUCAUGAAGCUGCUGCAGGGCUGGAAGCUGGAGCGGGCGCAAUGA